ACCUGUCCAUUGAGGUUCUUGACAUUCAAAUGAUAUUGAAGUAAAAUUCGUGCACCGUCUGUGGUCAGUUCUUGGAGUUUUCCCGGCAUUUUCACACUUUUCUCAGCUUUUUCUGUGAAUUUUCUUUGUGCCAAGAGGAUGUCAGCGCAAGCAUUUCUUCCCUCGGAGCCCAUUUGGCAGGAAAUUCAGCAGUUUUUCAAUGAAAACGGUGCCAAAAUUAACAUUAAAGAACUCUUUGAGAACGAUUCGAGUCGAUUUGAUAAGUUCAGUUUAAAAAUCUCAACUCCUGCUGAUGGAGACAUCCUUCUGGAUUACUCGAAGAAUCGCAUCACUGAGGCAGGAUGGAAGUUGCUGCUGAAGCUGGCUGAGGUGAGAAAAGUGACUGAGGCGAGGAAUGCAAUGUUUUCUGGGCAACAUAUCAACAUAACUGAAGACAGGGCUGUUCUUCAUGUUGCCCUGAGGAAUCGCUCCAAUCAGGCCAUCCUGGUUGAUGGUAAGGAUGUCAUGCCUGAUGUCCGUGCUGUUUUGGCACAUAUGAAAGAAUUCUCAGAGCAGGUAAUCUCUGGUUCAUGGAAGGGCUACACGGGUAAGGCGAUAACUGAUGUUGUCAACAUCGGUAUUGGUGGCUCUGACUUGGGCCCAUUGAUGGUAACUGAGGCCCUUAAGCCCUACAAUAAGGGCCUACGCGUACACUUUGUCUCCAACAUCGAUGGCACCCACAUGGCGGAGACAUUGCGACGUGUUAGUGCUGAAACAACGCUCUUCAUCAUUGCUUCCAAGACUUUCACCACACAGGAGACAAUUACGAAUGCUACAAGUGCCAAGAGUUGGCUUCUGGAGCAGGCAAAGGAUCCAGCUGCUGUGGCUAAGCACUUUGUGGCUCUAUCCACGAAUACGGAAAAGGUGAAGGCAUUUGGGAUUGAUGAGAAGAAUAUGUUUGGUUUCUGGGAUUGGGUGGGUGGACGGUAUUCUCUCUGGUCUGCCAUUGGGCUGUCCAUUGCCCUGUACGUUGGAUUUGAGAACUUUGAGAAGCUCCUCGAGGGAGCCUUCUUCAUGGAUGAGCAUUUCAAGUCGGCGCCAUUGGAGAAGAAUGCUCCGGUUAUUUUGGCUCUUCUAGGCAUCUGGUAUGCUAACUUCUUCGGUGCUGAAACUCAUGCUCUGUUGCCGUAUGAUCAGUAUCUGCAUCGUUUUGCUGCCUACUUCCAACAAGGUGAUAUGGAGAGCAAUGGAAAAGGCGUAACAAAGGGUGGACAGAGGGUAACGUACGGCACUGGACCAAUUGUCUGGGGUGAACCCGGAACAAAUGGUCAGCAUGCCUUCUAUCAGCUGAUCCAUCAGGGCACUCGGCUCAUUCCUUGCGACUUUAUUGCUCCCGCUCAGACGCACAAUCCCAUUGCCGGUGGAGUGCAUCAUAAAAUCCUCCUGGCCAACUUCCUGGCACAAACGGAAGCUCUCAUGGCAGGAAAAACUGAAGCUCAGGCCCGGAAGGAGCUCGAACAAUCUGGGCUGGCUGGAGAAAAGCUGGACAAGCUCCUGCCACACAAAGUCUUCACGGGAAAUCGUCCCACCAACAGCAUUGUUGUCCGCAAGGUGACACCCUUCACCCUGGGAGCCCUUAUUGCUCUCUAUGAGCACAAGAUCUUCACUCAGGGCAUCAUUUGGGAUAUUAAUUCCUUCGAUCAGUGGGGCGUGGAGUUGGGCAAACAGCUCGCGAAGGCUAUUGAGCCCGAACUAGCCACGCAGGAUCCCAUUAAAUCUCACGAUUCAUCCACAAAUGGACUCAUUAACUUCCUCAAAGCCAACUGGUGAGGAGAGAUGACAAUAAAAUGCCGGGAAUAUCAUUGCAUCGAAUAGUUGGAUGUAAAAGAAAAUCAUUUAUGGUUCAUGGAAUUUAAAUAAAAUGUAUUAUUGUGUUGAA